AUGCCGCCGCACCCAUCGUCGUCGUCGUCGUCGGCCAAUGUGGACGCGGCCGCGAAGGGCGUCAAGCUCGACCGGUACGCGAGCGGCGGCGGCCAGCUGAUGCGGCGCGCGGCGAGCGCCAAGAUCGUCUCGGCGUCCUCCCACCUCCUCUUCCGCGCCACCAUCCUCGCCACGCUCGCCCUCGUCUGCCUCUUCGCCGUGCACUACACCUCCCUCCUCUCCCACUCCUUCCGCCUAUCCGCCGCCGCCUCCUCGCCACGGUCGAGGCCGCCGCACCGGAACCUGCUCGGCUCGUCGUCGGCCUACGGUGGCGCCGCGUGGGAGCGGGAGGUGCGGCGGAGCGCCACGCCGCGGCGGGACGGGGGCAUGUCGGUGCUGGUGACGGGCGCGGCGGGGUUCGUGGGCGCGCACUGCGCGCUGGCGCUCAGGGCGCGCGGCGACGGCGUGCUCGGCCUCGACAACUUCAACGCCUACUACGACCCGGCCCUGAAGCGCGCGCGGCAGCGCCUGCUGGCCUCGCGCGGGGUGGUGGUCCUCGGCGCCGACAUCAACGACGCCGCCCUGCUCGAGCGCCUCUUCGCGGCCGUCCCCUUCACGCACGUCCUGCACCUCGCCGCGCAGGCCGGCGUGCGGUACGCGAUGCGGGCGCCGCAGGCGUACGUGGCCUCCAACGUCGCCGGCCUCGUCAGCGUCUUCGAGGCCGCCGCCAGGCACGCCGACCCGCAGCCGGCGAUCGUGUGGGCGUCGUCCUCGUCCGUGUACGGGCUCAACACCGACGCGCCCUUCUCCGAGGACCACCGCACCGACCGGCCGGCGUCGCUGUACGCGGCCACCAAGAAGGCCGGGGAGGCCAUCGCGCACGCCUACAACCACAUCUACGGCCUCUCCAUCACCGGCCUCCGCUUCUUCACGGUGUACGGCCCGUGGGGACGCCCCGACAUGGCCUACUUCUCCUUCGCCCACAGCAUCGUCGCCGGCAAGCCCAUCACGCUCUUCCGCGCCGCCGACGGCACCGACGUCCGCCGCGACUUCACCUACAUCGACGACGUCGUCCAGGGCUGCAUCGGCGCGCUCGACACGGCCGGCAAGAGCACCGGCUCCAAGUCUGGCAAGAAGCGCGGCCCGGCUCCCCUCCGCGUCUACAACCUCGGCAAUACCUCGCCGGUGCCCGUCACCCGCAUGGUCACCAUCCUCGAGAAGCUCCUCGGCAAGAAGGCGAACAAGCGCGUCGUCACGAUGCCGAGCAACGGCGACGUGCCGUUCACGCACGCCAACGUCAGCCACGCCGCGCGCGACUUCGGCUACCACCCCACCACCUCCCUCGACGCCGGCCUCCGGCAAUUCGUCCAAUGGUUCCUCAAGUACUACAAGAUCGACCCCGCGAAGCUCGCCAAGGGCGGCAAGGUCAGUGCCGGCGCCGGCAAGCCUACCAAGAGGAAAUCAACGGGCGCCAUGUCCGCAGCGUCGUGAGGUGUCCCCGGCCCGGCACGGCCGUCCACCGAGUGUGUACUCUGCUCUGCUUGGAGGCAGGCAGUUGUCUUGCACAACUUUGCAGGUGCAUCCCCAUUGUUUAAGCCAUUGUUGCUUCUCUUUUUUCUCCAUGAUGCAACCAUGCUAGAGCUCAGUGGGAAGGGAAUCAUGGAGUUGGAAAGCCAAAGGAAACGGAUUCCUUCUUCAUAGCAUACGCAUACUAAACUAUUUAGAGAAAAAGAGAUUGGGUGGGUAUAGGUAAGAAGAUGACAUGAGCCAAUGAAAGGAACCAGGACACAAGAAAGAUGAAGUCACUGGCUUCCUUUUGGUUCAGGAGAUUGUUUUUUCUCAAUUUUUACAUAUUUUUGCCAUUCACUGUCUUGUUCUUGUUCAUUUGUGGUUGACUGGUAUUGUGAUUUGUGAACUGUGAAUGAUCAUGCACUCAUGUCAAGAACACAA